AUUAUUACUCGCGCCAUGGUCGGCAUCCUUCAAGUGCUUAUGUUUGGCUCAGGAGAUUCUAAACACGAAAACGCGUUUGCUACCUUCAAAUUCCAGAAUUUCUACGACGCGUGCAACCAGUGGAAGACGCGUCCAUGUGCGAAACACGUUAACUCCAUUUGGACGAAGCAAAUCCUUCCUGACCCUCCUUCAACAUCUUGGGACCUCGAGCAACGAUUGUGUAUCAACAGUGACUUGACACCAUUCAUCUUCCUCCCCAACGAAAACGUGACCCCGAACGCGCCUUACUGGCGUGUCCCGUGCUGUCUGACUGUGCAAUUAGAUAUCUAUUCGGCCAUGCUGUCGGGCGGGGAACACUUAAUCUAG